UUCAGUGAGAGACAGGACCCACAUCUGAUCAGUUUCUCUGGCUGUCCUCUGCCUCGGAUCUUGUGGGAUACAUACUGAUCGACCUCACUCUCCAGGAGAUUCGGAUAUCUGUAGUCACUAAGGGGGGAGGGGGGGGUCUUCUGGCAUACGGACUGAGCAGAAAUCAUGAUGGAGGGGUUCAAGAAGUGUUUUUUGCCCGUGAAAAUCCGAGCAUAUGUAAAGGACUACUGCAAGAGGAAUGGCCUGCUGACACUCUCGGUUCUUGCCGUAGUGACGGGCUGUGUGCUUGGAUUUGUCCUCAGGUCGCUCAACCUGUCCACGCAGGCAAAGAUCUACUUUUCCUUCCCUGGAGAACUGCUGAUGAGGAUGUUAAAGAUGUUGAUUCUUCCGCUCAUUACUUCCAGUCUUAUGUCCGGCCUGUCAGCCAUGGACACAAGGGCAAGCGGUCGGCUGGGAGUCCUGACUAUCACCUACUAUCUGUGGACGACCUUUAUCGCCGUCAUCGUCGGCAUCGUGCUGGUGCUCAUCAUACACCCUGGGACGGGCUCAGAAAAAGACGGCCACCAUGCAAGUUCAGGGCCUGUUAUGACCUCUGCAGACGCUCUGCUGGACCUCAUCAGGAACAUGAUCCCGUCAAAUCUAAUUGAAGCAACUUUUCAGCAGUAUCGAACAGACCUGGUUCCCAUUGUGCAGAGCUCUGAUGCAAAAGAGUCUCAGGCCAACUAUGUAUAUGUCAUGCCCGACUACCACAACCCUCAACUGGGCCACCCAGUCUUCCUGGAGAUCACGCCUGCUCCAGACAUCAAGUAUAAAAUCGUCCCCAGUACCAGCAAGGGCAUGAAUGUACUGGGGAUCGUCAUCUUCUCGGCCACCAUGGGUCUGCUGCUGGGGAAGAUGGGAGAACGUGGAGCGCCGCUAGUCAACGUGUGCCAAUGCAUCAACGAGUGUGUAAUGAAGAUCAUCAACGCUGCCAUGUGGUACUUCCCCUUCGGCAUUGUGUUCCUUGUGGCAGGGAAGAUCCUGGACAUGCACGACCCGGCCCACCUGGGAGAGAAGCUGGGCAUGUACUUCAUCACAGUCCUGUCUGGUUUGUUUGUGCACGGCCUCAUCCUGCUGCCUCUCUUCUUCUAUUUCUUCACUCGCAAAAAUCCGUUCCCCUAUAUCAGAGGGCUGCUGCAGGCUCUUGUCAUCGCACUGGCCACGUCAUCCAGCUCGGCCACAUUGCCAAUCACUAUGAAGUGUCUCCUGGAGAAUUGUGGUGUGGACCGGCAGAUCGCUCGCUUCGUGCUCCCAGUGGGAGCUACCAUUAACAUGGAUGGCACAGCCCUGUACGAGGCAGUGGCGGCCAUCUUUAUCGCUCAGGUCAAUGAGUAUGACUUGGACUUUGGCCAGCUGGUCACUAUUAGUAUUACAGCAACGGCAGCCAGUAUCGGGGCAGCUGGGAUACCUCAAGCAGGUCUGGUUACCAUGGUGAUUGUCCUGACCUCUGUGGGAUUACCGCCUGCUGACAUCUCGCUGAUUGUGGCCAUCGAUUGGGUUCUUGAUCGGUUCCGGACGAUGAUCAACGUUCUUGGUGAUGCCUUAGCUGCUGGGAUUAUGGCUCAUUUAUGUAAGAAGGACUUUGAGAGAGCCGCCACUGCUGCUACAGGCACUCCCACACCUUCUGCCAAUAACGGAGGUGGCCCCAAAAGGAGAGACACAGUCAUCUCCUUUGGUAAUCAGAGCGUGGCGAUGUCUGAUGCUCCUCUUAUUGCACACCGUUGCGAUUACGUGUUUGAAGUUGAUGGAGACAACGUGCUGGAAAGACCUGUGGCCUGCUACAACCUCUGCCAAGUCUGAGACACAUUUAUAGGAUGGACAGCAAGGGAAACUGCCUUGUACAGCCCUCAUAGAUUGACCUCUUGGGACCAAAGGGACCAUCAUCUGAGGCCUGGAAAGACCAAGUUUUGUUAAGUCCUGUUAGUCAUAUAUGAGACCAAUGAUCAAGUAUAUUGUGGUGUCAGGGUUUAGCGGUGGAAAUGGAUUUCACCUGUGCCAUGUUGAAAACAAGAAAACCUUCAUUAAUUGAUGUACUGUAUGUUUCCAUUCGGUUUAGACAGGAGUUUCACAUGUACCCAGUUUUUAAACAGACACUCUGAAUGCACCUGCAGACAUGAUAAGGACAUGCAUUAGAUAGCGGAGUCAGUGGAGAUUCAUAGUAGGGCUGUUAAAAGUUUGAUCGUAGGUUUAGACUUAAAUCAAGGUUUUGAGUUGCCUUAACAUGAUCUCAGUUUUGACAAUAAUUCUGAGAACUUUGAAAGACUUGAAAGUAAACAGAAACAGAUAAACGACAAGCAAAUUCAUUGUGUGAAUGAAGAGAACCUUUAUGUUAGAAAAUGGAUUUAUGGAUAUAUAUAGAAGAAACACUAAUAUACGAGUUUGAAUAUUUACAUGAUGCUGAUUAGAUCAUUUGUUUUUAUACCUUUGCUUUUAAUUUUGUGUUCCAUUUUUUCUAAU